AUUAAACAACAGAAGAAGAAGAAGUCCAGCUAACAGUUAGCAGCUAGCAGAAGCUAAUGUUUACAGAUGCAUAGUACUAGUAGCGGAAAAGUGACAAAUACGUGACUUUUAUAUUAUUGUUGUUAGUAAAUGUAAGUCCCACUAGUAGAAUACACUGGGUCUGUACCAGCUGAAGACACUUUAGUUAUGGAGAAAAGCUUCAGUCAGUGGAAGAGUCAGUGUCUGGACAAACUGGACCAGAGUAAGAAGGGCAGUGUGGAUGAGGACAUCACCCACCUGGUGUCACUGCUCAACGGCUGCGAACAGUUCUUCACCACCAGCUCCUGCUCCGGACGGAUCAUCCUCAUCGACGGGGCUACAGAGAGUAGUGAUGUCCAGAAACAGAACUGUGUUUGGCUGUUUGUCUCACACCAGAAAUGCAAAUCUGAUGACCUGAUUGAAGCUCUUUCCCGGUCCAGUGGAGACGCUGUGUUGAAAUUUGAACCCUUUGUUCUUCAUGUUCAGUGUAGGAAACUGGAAGACGCUCAGCUGAUGCACUCCGUUGCCAUCAACUCAGGUUUCAGGAACUCUGGACUCACUGUCAGCAAAACUGGGAAGAUCAUCACGGCCGUCCGGAGCACUCACGGUUUGGAGGUUCCCCUGAGCCGCCAAGGAAAAGUUGUAGUUGAACAUGAGUACAUUAAAUAUUUAAGUGAAAUUGCCAAUCAGAAGAUGGAGGAAAACCUCAGACGCAUAAACAGGUUUUACCAGAAUCUCCAGUCUGCUCUGGCGGCAGAGAAACUCCAAAAACUCCAAAUCCCAGGUUCUCCUGUUUCACAGCACACAACAAACAAAGACAGCUGGAACAGUCAGGAGACACAAAACAGGAAGAAAAAACAAGAGGAGACAGAGAAAAGGAACAACGGCGAAGUGUACAGACGAAGGCGGAAAAGGGAACAGCUGAAGAAUGACUGUUGCCACGGUGACGAGGACAGCAGUCUCCCAGAACUGGACGAGUGUCUGGACCUGUUUACAUAAAGAGCUGCCUUUCUGUCUGGAGUUCUGCUCAUAUGUCGCACAGUUAAAGGACUCUCUUUUUAGCUUUACUUCAACGCAUGGAAUCCGAUAGGACUGAGAUCAUCUAGAACACAGGUGUCAAACAUGCGGCCCGGGGGCCAAAUCCGGCCCACCAAAGGGUCCAGUCCAGCCCUUGGGAUGAAUUUGUGAAAUGCAAAAAUUACUCGAAGACAUUAAC